AUGCAGGGCUUCAACAUGGGACGGUACUACCCACCCGACGCCUCCGACGCGCCCUCCUUCAACAAAUCGCAUCCGCUCGGCGCGCGCGCAAACAAAAUCUCGCAAGGCAUCCUUACCGUGCGCUUCGAGCUGCCCUUCGCCGUAUGGUGUCAGCACUGCAAGCCCGAAGCCAUCGUUGGGCAGGGCGUGCGCUUCAACGCAGCCAAGAAGAAAGCCGGCAACUACUACAGCACGCCGAUAUGGAGCUUCAAGAUGAAACACACGGCGUGUGGCGGCGAGUGGGAGAUACGCACCGAUCCCAAGACGACGCAAUAUGUCUGCGCUGAGGGUUGUAGGAGGAGGGAUUAUGGGCCUGAGGAUGGUGAGGAGCAGGAUGGCAAGUUAAAGUUCUUGAGUGAGGCAGAGAAGGAGAGGAGGAGGGAGGAUGCGUUCGCGGGAUUGGAGGGAAAACUAGAGGAUAAGGCGAAGGAUAAACAUCACAAGGAGAGGGUAGAAGAGCUGUACGAGAAGGCAGAGGUGUGGAGGGAUCCCUACGAUGUCAAUGCCAGGCUCAGGAAGGAAAUGCGAGACAAGAGGAGAAUAAGCAAGAAAGAAGAUGAACGUAGAGAGGGCAUACAGGACAAGUUCAGUUUGGGUCUGGAGAUCCUCGACGAGACCGACGCAGACCGACAGAAGGUUGGACUGGUCGAAUUUGGCAGUGUCAAGGACGCAACUAAGGCCUGGAAACCGCUCUUUGCAGAGCAGCAUGCUGAUGGCACGGACAAGCCCAGCGCAAAGCCGAAAUUGAAGAAGCUGAAGGCUGAGAGAGCCGCGGAGGAGAGCCGAGUCGACUUACGACAGAAGCUUGUGGGCAACACGCGCGCUGUAAUCGAUCCGUUCGCUUCCAAAGAAGCCAUCUCGAAGACAAGACCGAGCUUUGGUCUGUUGAAGAGGAAGCGUGACGCUGAACUGGCAGCUGCGCCUAUACUACAGACUUUGUCACCGACGCCAGACUCGACAGAAAGUGCGACGCCGUCAGCACAAGGUCUCCCAGCGUUAGUAGGCUAUGACUCGGAUUGA